AUGGAUGAAAGCGAGCUAAUUAAGUUAAUAAAGAACUGCCCUAUCCUGUACGACAAGGACAGUGCACGCAGCGUGAAAAAUGCAGCGCUGAAAGACGCAGCAUGGAAGACCAUAUCCCAGAAGAUUGGCGCCUCAGAGCGAGCCUGCAUCACACGUUGGAAGAGCAUUAGGGACCGCUUUGGAAAGGAGUUUCGUCGAUUCCAGGAAAACCCUGAAGUGCCUACUUACUGGGACAUGUUUCCGCACCUGCUGUUCCUCAAAGACCACUACAAGCACGGCCUGGUCAGGCACGAGAGUCUGGAGGGGAUUAAAUUUCAGCCCAAAGUGAGGAGGAAACGCAACUACAGAUUGUAUGAGGAACAUGAGAAAAAUCCUAAGGCCGAAGAGGAAGACUGCAAAGAUGAUAUACUAAGCGAGCUGAUUGAGCUGGUCAAAAUGCAUCCCGUUCUGUAUGACAAGGACCAGAUACGCAUUUCCAAGAACCUGUCUGCCAAGAAUGAGGCUUGGCGGGAAAUCUCGGAGAGGUUGAAUGUGUCGGAGGAGAUCUGCUUCAAACAUUGGAAGAAGUUGCGCGAACGAUUCGCGCGAGAGUAUCGCAACCAGCAGAUUGAUCAAUCGACGCCCAUUACCUGGAAGCAUUUCAAUGAUCUGCUCUUCUUGGACAAGCAUUUUCGUAAGGGAGUUCCCCUGGUCAUAGAGAAUAUGAAGAAGCGAGGACGCCCACCAAAGGCGAGCAAUCAGACUGGCGUUCCCGACAAGCAAACGACUAGCGUCGGCUUUGUGAAUGGGGAGCAGAUCUGGGGCGCCGACUAUCCCUACAGCACAGAUAAUGAUGAGCAGGAUAACGAUCUCGAGCUGUCCUACGAUGAUCCGGACGAGAUUGAGUUUGCACCAGAACCGGAGCAAACGACUGCCUACGAUUUCAUUCUCCCGGAGACUGCCCCCUCUCAGCAUUUGGCGCCGGAUGUGAGCGUUGAGCUCUUACCCUACAACGAGAGCUUCGACCUGGCUAGGGAGAGUAGUACUGUUGAGGACGUGGGCAUUGCCACAGAGGAUGACACGCCCGCCGCCACAUCUGGCAAUCUGCUCGACCAUGUCAUAUCCAACAUGGAGACUGUCCUUCAGCAGUCACGGGAGCUACAGGCGCAGCUCCAACAGGAGCAGCAACGUCCCCCCGCGAUUAAGAGCCUGUUGGCCAAGGCUCAAAUGCUGCUGGACGGCCUCAGCCCGAAAGAUCGGUCGACUGCAGUGCGACAAAUAGGGCUGUUCGUGCAUCAGUGCCAGAUCAAGGCACUGGCGGGGGAGGAGAUCGAGGAUCUGACUCCUUACCAAGUAUUUAAUUGUUAGGGUGAGUUCGGAAGUUUCUGAGCUUUAGAUUUAAGAGACAAUGCUUACAUUUGCCAAUAUAAAGUUUAAUGGAGAUGUGA